GGGUUUUGCGGAGACUGUAUAUAUUAACUCAUCGUCAUAACCUAAUUCCGGCACGAGUCUCUUUCUCUACUCUAUCCCGCCGUUGUCUGACUUCGGAUUAUAAGGAGGUCAAAAUGACAACAGUUCCAGGACAGCUGGUCUGGGAGAUCGUCAAGAGAAACAACUGUUUCUUGGUCAAACAGUUCGGUAGAGGUAACGCUAAGGUUCAGUUCAGCAAGGAGAGCAACAACCUCUGCAACCUCAACUCAUACAAGCACUCUGGUUUGGCAAACAAAAAGACCGUGACCAUUCAGCCAGCUGACAAGGAUCAAGGUGUGGUACUUGGAACCACCAAGACUAAGAAGCAAAACAAGCCGAAGCUCUCUGUUAACAAGUCUGUCCUUAAGAAGGAGUUCCCGAGGAUGACUAAAGCUGUUGUCAACCAGGUUGUGGACAACUACUACAGACCUGAUUUGAAGAAGGCAGCACUUGCAAGGCUCAGCGUGAUCAGCAAAGGCCUUAGAGUCGCCAAGUCUGGUCCCAAGAGGAGAAACAGACAGGCUUGAAGAGUCCACCACUGAAUGAAUAUUUUUACUUCUAAAAAAGCGUGUUUUAAGCCAUUUGGAGUUUCAGACAAUGCUUGUAGGUUAAAGAUUUUUCCUGAACAGCUGAAUGUUUUGCUCGAGUCACCUCAUUUGUCAUCCCUUAUUCACAAAAUGAUAUUAAAAAGUAUUUUUAAUAAUGAUUAUGCUUUUCCUAGUACUAAA